AGGACGCGCUCGCUCAGACGGUGACGGGUUAUGCUUCCGGGCCAAGGGCGUGAGGAGAAUGAGAUAAGAUACUAGAGCUUUAUUUUGAUUUACGAGCGUCGGUACUUAAUCGGUUACAGAUAGUAGCUACAAACAGGUUUGUACCUCUUUGUAUUCAUUCGCGGUUUCUCCCGUCGGCCAGGGUUUGGUUCAAGCACCUUUAAUUAACCGGAAGAAGAAGACGUCCACGCGCCCUCACACGGAACCGAGGACGUCGAGUCACACGGUGCAAGAUGUCUUACUCAUCUCGGAGUUCCUCUCGUGCCGCUGAUUGUAAGGUCUAUGUCGGUGACCUUGGCAAUGGUGCAGCCAAAGGUGAGCUGGAACGCGCCUUCAGUUACUAUGGACCAUUGCGGAGCGUGUGGGUCGCCCGGAACCCUCCAGGAUUUGCCUUCGUAGAGUAUGAGGAUACCAGGGAUGCAGAGGAUGCCGUAAAGGGGAUGGAUGGAAAGGUGCUUUGUGGAUCCCGCGUGAGAGUUGAGAUGUCUAAUGGUAUGUCCAGAAAGUCUCGUUAUGGCCGUCCCAGUCGCAGACAAUUUGACCCCAACGACCGCUGUUACCAGUGUGGGGAGAGUGGUCAUUAUGCCUAUGACUGUUAUCGCUUUAACAAGCGGCGUGGUCGACGCAGCAGGUCAACUUCUCGCUCUCGAUCCAGAUCUCGUGGCCGGCGCUACCGCUCUCGUAGCCACAGCAAUGAAAGGAAGCACCGUUCACCUUCAUACUCAAAACGCAGAAGCAGGUCAGGCUCUCCGGCUCGCUCUAGAUCCAGAACCCCGGUGCGGCGCUCACGUUCACCUGUUCGUAGGUCGAAAAGCCCUGUCCGAAGGUCCAGGUCCAGAACGCCUGUCCAUAGAGACAGUCGCUCUCGCUCCCGUUCACGAUCUGGUUCUAGACCGAGAGCUCGUAGUGUGUCCAGAUCUCGCUCUCGGUCUCGUUCGGUCAGUCACAAGAAAAACAGUCAUUCCAGGUCUGCCAGCCCAAGGAGAAGUCCAACACCGAAUGCUGACUGAUCUGAAUACUGAUGCUUCUCCCCCAUUCCCCUCCUUUGCCUCAGGGCUGAAAUGUUUUAUCUUCAUGAUUUCAAUACUGGUUCUACUGUAGCUACAAAGCGGUUUCUUUUCUUCUCCUUCCACACAUUUUAAUGAAAGCUCCUUGUAAAAGCAUCUCUAUCAUCACAUGAUUUUCCCCCUCCCUUCCUUUUUACAUACCCCCCCCCCCCCUUCAGAUUGUAAACAAUUUUUUUUUUUAAGAGCUCCAUUGUUUUAAUUUUAGUGUUGAGCCAGUGUCCUGUGGUUAUUGAUUUGUGGGUAAGGUGGUGAAUGAGCUAUGUUGUGAUUUAGUCAGUGUAUUAUAUGAGCUGAGGAGUAUGUGGUGAUUUGUUUGUUUGUAGAGAUGUUUUUUUUUUUUUAUUAUUAUUCAUUGAAAAUGGCAUUGAUCUUUUUAAUAAAGUAAAGCUUUACAAACCCAA